AUGGAGCAGCUACAGACAGCACUGACUACAGCACCAGUACUCAUCCUACCGAAUCCAGACAGAGACUACGUGGUGGAAGCAGACGCUAGUGACCAAGCAGUCGGAGCAGUACUGAUGCAGAAUCACGGACGCGGUUUGCAGCCCAUCGCCUAUCUGAGUAAGAAGCUACACGGAGCAGAACUGAACUACCCUAUCCAUGACAAGGAAGCCUUAGCGAUAGUCACAGCCUUCAAGGCGUGGAGGUGUUACCUAGAGGGAGCCAAGACUACAGUUUACACUGACCACUGCAGCCUCAAAUACCUGAAGUCGCAGCCGACGCUCUCACGACGACAGGUGCGGUGGGUAGACUUCUUGGAGACCCACUUCCACUACGACAUCGUCUACAAGCCCGGGCUAUACAACAAAGCUAACGCGUGGAGCCGCCCCGGUCAUGUAGCAGGCAUCCAACUCGACGGGAUGAACCCUCUGCUCAAGGGUCUAUUCCAGCAUGGAUACUCCGUGGACGCAGAGAUCGCUACAGCAGAGAAACAGAAGCUGUUACAGUGGGAGAAGGACCUAGCUGUAAGAAAGGGAUCAGGAAAGAUUUGGGUACCAAACUAUGCCCCGCUCCGACAGAUCGUACAGGAGGAGUUUCACGAUGUGGCAUACGCGGGACAUUUCGGGAGCAACAAGACGUUAGCGGGAAUAGCAAAGUAUUACUACUGGCCCCGGAUGGCAACAGACGUGCAGCAGUUCGUCACUUCAUGCGACACGUGCCAGCGGAUGAAGAGUAGCAAGCAGAAAAAAGUAGGGUUACUUCAGCCUCUACCCGUACCGGAGCAGCCAUGGCAAGUUGUCAGCCUAGACUUCAUUACUGGGCUUUCUUCGACCUCACGAGGGCAUGAAGCUAUACUCGUGGUGAUCGAUAAGUUCUCUAAAAUGGGACACUUCAUCCCGACCAAUGCCACGGCUACUGCUGAAGCAACUGCUCGCCUCUUCUUCGACCGCAUCAUCACCAUCCACGGCAUCCCCGCUACACUUAUCUCGGACAGAGACCCUAAGUUCACUAGUAAGUUUUGGAGGGAACUCAUGGGAUUGUUGGGGACAAAGCUUGCGAUGUCUUCAGCGUACCACCCCCAGACUGACGGACAGACGGAGCGACUCAAUCAGGUGGUUGAACAGUUACUGCGCACAGCUUGCAAAGACGACGUCAGCCACUGGGAUUCACAGUUACCGACACUUGAGUUCGCUUACAACAACGCGUCGCAUGCGGCCACAGGGAAAUCUCCAUUCUUCCUGUGCUACGGACGGGAACCACUUACACCACAGCAGCCAACCACACCGGCACACGUCCAAGCUGCACACGACUUCGUCACCACCAUGCAGCAGCUAUGGGAGAAGACUCAGCGACGUCUUUCCACGAUGCAAAACUCCCAGAAGCAGUAUGCCGAUCGCCAGCGACGUGAUCACUCAGUAGCAGUCGGAGAUCAGGUGCUUCUUGACACGCACAACUUGAACCUGUCUCACCUACCAUCCAAACUCCGGCCUCGCUUCUGUGGUCCUUUUCUCGUGGAGGCACAGGUGACACCAGUUACAUUCCGCUUGCGCUUACCUACUACGUGGAAGCUUCAUAACGCUUUCCAUGUUCAGCUACAAAAGCCCUACAAGGACCCCAACCAACAGUUCCAGGGACGCCAGCUACCGCCACCAUCACCUGUUCUCAUACAGGAUGAACCAGAGUACGAGGUGGAAAAAUUUCUCGCUCAUCGACGCACACGGCAACACGCUCGAGUUCCUGAUACGCUGGAAGGGAUAUGA